AUGUCCAUUACAGACUUCAUCAUAAAUGAUGAAAAAACACCCUUAGUCUUACAUGGUGGCCCUGAGCAGUGGAAGACAGUGGGCCAUUAUGGAUGUUUUCGAGUUGGAAUCUGCUUGCUUCUGGUGGAGCUGUGUGAGAGGUUCACUUUCUUCGAAGUCGUCUGCAACAUGAUCCCCUUUUGCACAGGGAGGCUUGGCUCCUACAACCACCAGGCAGCCAUGCUCAACUUGGGCUUUAUUGGAGCCUCAGUCCUUACCCCUGUGUUCAUGGGAUGGCUUGCGGAUGAGUACUUCGGAAAGAACAAACUGAUGUACCUAGCCUUAUCUCUACAUUUCCUAGGCACUGCCUUGUUAUCCAUGCUGGCUUUUCCAGCGGAGAAUUUCUACAGAGGCGCUUAUCCUGGGUUUAACAACACGUCUGUGGAGGUGCAGGCUGGGUUGUUUCAUGUAGCACUGCUGACUCUCUGCCUGGGCACAGGAGGAAUAAGGGCUGUCGUCUGUCCACCAGAUAUGUGUGGCAGUCAGGAACGGGAAUCAAAGAAGCCAAUGCCAUUUUGUAACUGGGCCUCCUGGUCCGCAAACCUGAAUGCAGCUGUUGUCUUUCUGGGAAUCUCAAGCAUCCAGCCCUUGGGAUCCUGGGCCCUUGGCAUCCUGCUUCCUUCUCUGUCCGUGUUCACCGCCCUGGUGACUCUUUACAUGAAGAACGGCGACCUGAUCUAUCAGCCAGAGAACCGUUGCUCCCUCCUGACUAUCUCCAGGGCGUUUGUUAGGGCCCUGAAAACACGCUGCCUGCCAAUCUGCCACUUUGGGCGAGAUGGAUCAAGUUGGUUAGACCAUGCCAUGGAAAAACAAGGUGGAUACCACAGUGAACUCCAAGAGGAAGAUACAGGAAACGUCUUCUCUGCCCUUUUGCCUCUCUUCAGCUUCCAGCUCCUGUACAGAACGUGCCUCAUGCAGAUUCCUUCAGGAUAUUAUCUUCAGACCAUGAAUUCCAACCGGAACUGGGGUGGAUUUUCUCUGCCGAUUGCGCUAAUGAACGCCAUCAGCCUUCUGCCGUUAUUAAUUCUGCCUCCCUUUAUGGAUUACUUCAGCAACUGUCUACUUCCCUCUAAGAGAGAUGGACCAUUCCUGUCAGCGUGCAUGAUUGCUGGUAACAUUUGUGCAGCCUCCUCUGUGGCAAUGGCUGGCUUCCUAGAAAUAUACAGAAAACUUGCCCAGGAGCAGUCUCCUUCAGGCAAACUUUUCUCUGUUUCCUCCAUGGCCUGUGUCUAUCUGGUUCCACAGUAUGUGCUGCUUGGAGUGUCUGAAGUCCUGGUAAACCCUGCUGUGUCCAUGGUAACCCACAGAGUCGUCCCAAGCACCUUCAGAGGAGCUUCCACGACUUUUUUGACACUGUUCCAUGGAUCUGCCUGUUUCGCAGGGGCAAUGCUGAUUGAGUUGGUUUAUCUCAUCUCAGAAGGCCAUUGGUUUCCAAACACCUUAGACAAAGGCAACCUAGAGAGCUUCUUCUUCGUGCUGGCAUCCUUGAUGCUGCUGAACAUCCUGGGACUCUGGAGGGCUUCAUCGAGAUAUUGUAAUCUAAAUCAUUUUAAUGCCCAGCGCAUCCGUGGAAAUAAUUGUGAAGAAACCCUUCUCCUCACUGAGAAGUCUCUGAAGUUUUAUGGCAGUACACAGGAAGCGUCUUCAAGUAUUGAUCUUUGGGAGACAGCCCUCUGAAACUGGAUUUGAUUCUCUGGUGAGACCCGUUAUCCACUAUUUUCUUCUUCAAUCGAAUACUUCAUACGUUUCACUGGGAAAGUCAACAUAAAAAAGAGUGUACUUUAUUUACAAUGAAUAAUUAUGAUCCUUCCAAUAAACUAUUAUGACUUCUAAUGUUAUAUUAUGCUCUUGAACUAAUAAAGUGAUUUUAAAGUCUUGGUGAUUACUCUGUGACCAGAAACAAUUAUUUUCCAUGUUAGUGUGUCAAUCAUAUUGUAUAAUCAUUACAGUGGUUCAGCAGUUGAAGGUGGUAUGAAAGAUUUAUUUAUAAUUUUAAUGUCAUUAGAAGCUAAGAAACAAUAUGCUUCUACUUCUUCUUUCUGUAUAUUCACCAAGGCUUUAUUGCACUCUUGGUAUUAUAAACCAUAAGUAAUAUAAUGUUUAGAUAAUAAAUGUGUAUAGAAUUCUGCUAUAUUUGACCUUGGCAUUCUACUAAAAUAUAUCUUGAUUAAGAGACUUUCUUUGGAAUUUAAAAGCAAUGUUACUAAAAUAUAGGUAGUUUGGUUUGGUUUUAUUUGGUCUUAUUAGGCUUGGGACAAGAUAUAGCCCAGGCUGCCCUCAAACUUAACUAUGUAGCAGAGGAUGAUCAAAGAACUGGAAUUACAGGCCGAUGCCUCUAGGCCAUACAAUUAUUAUUAUUAUUAUUAUUAUUAUUGAAUAAAGUUAAUGUCCUGUCUGUCCCUUUAUC